UUUUAUCUUAAAUUUACUGCUUAACAAGACAGGAAGUGUCGUACUACGGCUUCCGUUGCAGGUCCGUCACGAAUGAACACACACACACACACACAAGUGUUUGACAUGGGCGCGCGCGUGGGUCGCCUUUUCAGGAACUUUAAUCUAGAGGCUCGGGCGCAUCGUGAAAUCGGCAAAAACAAACCGGAAGCGGCUCCACGGCAUCCUGUAGCGGUCAAUCACAGUGACAGCGUCCUGUCCGUGAGGGAAUUCCAAAGGAAGGAUGAUCCGUUACUGAAUCGACUCAGACAAAUUUAUGUGGAUUCUAAAGACCCACAAACACCGCCUUCAGCAGGUGUGAGGAGGCUGCAGAAGGUGGACCGCCGGCCUCUCAGUACCGUACUGGUUCCUCCUGGAGUGUGUGACAUUACAGAUGUGCCCAAAGGAAAGCUGACCAUUGUGGAGGCGCUAACAGCUUUAAACAAACAUAAGCUAAUGCCUCAGGAAUGGUCAGCUGAGAGGAUAGCGCAGGAGCUAAUGCUAUCACACAGUGAUGUGCGUGCGCUAACAUGCUACUUCAUUCCCUUUAACAUUAAAAUCAUUAAAGUCCCCGGAGCCGAGGAGACUCGGAGACGCAUCGCUGACUUCUAACACACUCUUCUCUUCUCCUUACUUCACCUCUGAAUAUUUUCUUUAUUUUAUGUUAUUAAUUGUCAGUAAUUUUCAUUGAAAUAAAAAAUG